AAUGUGUACACCCUUCGUGUUGUAUCGGAUGCGAAUACCAUUGCUGAACAAUCGGCGGGUAAAAACGUCGUUUGCAUCGGAGGAUCAUUUAUAGGAAUGGAAAUCGCUUCUGCUCUGUCGUCGACAGCCGCAUCAGUUACUGUUGUGUGCAUGACAGAAGAGCCAUUACCGCCGCUAGGAACGGAUCUCGGUUCUGUUAUUAGAGAGAAAAGACUCGAAGGAGAAGGCGAAGUAACCGGUGUUGUUUUGAAGUCUGGCGAAAUAAUACCAGCCGAUGUGGUUGUGACAGGAAUCGGAGUUCAACCACCAACGGACUGGCUUAAGAACACAAGGAUAGAACUGAACGAGGCCGGCUUCAUAGAAGUGGAUCGUCAUUUCAGAACUUCCGUCGACUGGGUCUACGCAAUCGGUGAUGCAUAUUCACCCCAUUACCUUUGUGACAGUCAUCAAAUCAAUAUCAGCAUUCCAACCGACCAACAACACAGGCUAAGUUUCAAUGGAUCGUGUUUCGGGCCUGAUAACCUCUCCAAGCAUCAGUACAGGCCAACGACUCGGGUACUCAAUUGUGGCGUCGCGUUCCCGCAUCGAGUGCCAUAUUUCUGGACACUAUUCUUCACAGAAUUCGGAGUGCGGCUUGCAGGGUGCCCGCAAGGAGCAGAGCAUACGGUUCUCCACGGUAGCCUUGCCGAGCUCAAAUUCGCUAAGUAUUAUUUGAAGCAAGGCGUCGUUGUGGCCGUGGCGAGUGCCGGUCCUGUACCAACUGCAGUACAGUUUUUGGAAUUGUUCAAGCGAAAAAUUGAAAUCACCCGUGAAGACGUGGAGAAAAACACGGAUAACGACUGGCUGGCUUGGCUUGAGUGA